GAGCGAAGCCCGCCGGGGAGAGAAAGCGACUCGGCUCCGCGCGCCGCUUCCCCCUCUCCUCCUGCCAUUAUUCUCCUGGGCCGGAGAGUCCCGCGAGCUCAAGAGGAGACCACGCCAGGCCUCCCCCCUUCCCCAAAUCAGACUCUUCUUGCAAGUAUAACUUUGUUCAAGAGUCCUAAGUUUCGUGUCUGGAUCUUGAAUUGGUGCCAAAGCUUUCUUUUCACCAUACUCCUCAUUUUGGAGAAGUUUCUUGAGUGUUCUGCUGGAGAGGGUCUUUUCCAUGUCCUGUCAGCAUCUGAUAUUUGUCCGAUUUCGCAGGGGAAAGCCUUCUCUCUGGCCACAUCCAGGUUGUGGAAUUCCCUCCCAAAGGAGAGGGACUCCAUGAAAGAUGACAGAAGAAGUUAUUGUUAUAGCAAAGUGGGAUUACACUGCACAACAGGACCAAGAACUUGACAUAAAGAAGAAUGAACGCCUCUGGCUGCUAGAUGAUUCCAAAACAUGGUGGAGGGUAAGAAACGCAGCCAAUAAAACAGGAUAUGUGCCAUCCAAUUAUGUCGAGAGAAAGAACAGCUUGAAGAAGGGCUCCUUGGUUAAAAAUCUGAAAGACACAUUGGGUUUGGGUAAAACAAAACGGAAGACAAGUGCCCGAGAUGCCUCACCAACUCCUAGUACCGACGCAGAAUACCCAUCAAAUGGUAGCAGCGCUGAUCGGAUUUAUGAUUUGAACAUCCCAGCAUAUGUUAAAUUUGCCUACGUGGCAGAGAGGGAAGAUGAACUGUCCCUUGUGAAAGGCUCUCGAGUCAUUGUUAUGGAAAAGUGCAGUGACGGCUGGUGGAGAGGGAGCUACAAUGGACAGAUUGGCUGGUUUCCUUCAAACUAUGUAGUAGAGGAAGUUGAGGAAGCAACUGCAGAUUCACCAAGUUUUCUCAGUUUAAGGAAGGGAGCCUCUAUGAGCAAUGGCCAAGCUAUGAAAGUGCUCCACAUUGUUCAGACAUUGUAUCCGUUCAGUUCUGUCACAGAAGAAGAGCUCAAUUUUGAAAAAGGUGAAACCAUGGAAGUCAUAGAGAAGCCUGAAAACGACCCCGAAUGGUGGAAAUGUAAAAACUCGCGAGGGCAAAUUGGUCUUGUUCCCAAAAACUAUGUAGUAAUUGUAAGUGACGGCCCUACCAUUAACACUUCCCAUCCACCUCCAAUAAGCUACACGGGGCCCUCUGCUACAGGACGGUUUGCUGGAAGAGAAUGGUAUUAUGGGAAUGUUACUCGGCAUCAGGCAGAAUGUGCUCUGAACGAAAGGGGAGUGGAAGGAGACUUCCUAGUCAGAGACAGUGAAUCUUCGCCCAGUGACUUUUCUGUAUCACUAAAGGCAUCAGGGAAGAACAAACAUUUCAAAGUGCAGCUGGUGGACAAUGUCUAUUGCAUUGGGCAGCGUCGCUUUAAUACUAUGGAUGAGUUGGUGGAACACUACAAAAAGGCUCCUAUCUUCACCAGUGAACAUGGGGAAAAGUUAUAUCUGGUUAAAGCACUUCAGUGACAUUGAAGAUGGACUAGGCCUGCAGGGCCUCUUACAACUUACAAGCCUUAGGUCCUAAAUUCACUUUUAUAGAGCAGAGCAGUCUACGCCAGUCUGAGACAGUCUUCGGAGCAUGGCCUCUUUCUAAUGUGUUUGCUCUGUUGGUUAUACACUCUCUCUUGCUCUCUCCCCAUCCCCUCCGCCCUUUCCCCUCCCCACUUUGUCUUUUUAAAAAUUCAGUUGUUUCACAUCCCCUCAGGGUGAAAUUAUCACUUAAGUGGCCAUUGCAAACACUUGUUUUCUUCCCUCUUCUGUGUACGUUUACAUAGUUAGUGUUCACAUAAAUGAGGGGUGCUCUCAAUUCAAAACAGUGUUAAAUUGUUCCGAUAGCUCACGCUGGCAGAACUCAUCCUUAAGAGACUGGGCACAGUUUGAAUGCACUGGACCUGCAGCUAAUUAAGUGAAAUAUAGUAGACAUAACAGUUGUGGCUGUGAGUUCCGUAGCUAUUUUGCUUACCAAGUAGUAUAUUACAGAAAUUUCUAGAAGCACUCUUUACACUCUCUCUACUCAACUAUUACAUUGCCUCUUUGUGAAGAGUACACUAACUAAUGCAUUUUGUAAUAGUGCUUCUUAAACUACUACAGUAAGAUUGUAGUAAAAGAAAACUAUCUAGCGUAUUUUGACAUGUAAUUGCGACAGAGAUGUUUCAUUGCAAGUUGAUUACUUAGAGAAUCAUUGAAUUGUAAUGGUUGAAUGUUUUGGUAAUCUACAACCAAAUGUGCCAUCAACAUAAUGCUUUCUCUUCUUGCCCUUCUGCUUGUUUGAAUUAAACAAUUAUGUAUUUAAUUCUUAAAGUAAUAUGUAUCUGUAGCUGAUUGACACUAAUACAGAAGUUUAAUAAACAACUAAUUAUGGGUGGGUGGGGCUUCCAACACAUACAUGCAUACAUAUAAUAUAUAUAUUCAUAUAUAUAUAUAUUUGCAUUACAGAAAAAAAUUCAGCGUUUACAAAAGGUGGUGUGAUUGGUAAUAAGACACACAGAAUGUUAUAUGAAGAAAAUGCAUUUCUUUUAACCUUCUUUAUGGUUUUAAAUAUAGUCUUGAUGGCACAUUCCUGAAAAUUGGGGGGGGGGGGGGAAGGACCUUGAUGAUCCCAGAAUCUCGCAUACACAGGUUUUUUUUUUAAUAUUGUAAUAAAAAGAAAAAGUAAAGGUAUCACAUGAAGAUGGAGUAUUGAAUUUAUCCCUUGGGUAAUGGCCAUGAGGUUGGUAUAGCAUGAUGAAAUAUGAUAAUCCCUCAUUUAUGAAGCCUAGAAUCUGAAUGGUUUGUUCAGACAGUUGGGGCAAAAACAAAAAAUUGCAGACAUUCUCAUUUUGUUUAGCUGUGAUUUCAUGAGCAGUUAGAAUAUUAAAAGUACAGCCAGUUGCUUUGUUUCAUUUUUUUAAGAAAGCUGAAAUCCAUUGCUGAGCUAAGCAAGCUUUAUAACUGCAGUGGUUAAAGAGCCUAUCAUUGUAUUAGGCUUUGCAGUUGUUUAACUCAUGUCAGUGGUAGCAAUUGGCAGUGGUCUCUGCAUUGUACAAGCAAGGCCAUGGGAACAAGAUACCCUCUCAAGAUUAGUUAAAGCCUGCCACCCUUGAGUUGGCUUGGAAAGGCUUUGUUGGCUUUAAAGGAGGACAUAUUCAUGGAAGUUAUAUCAAGGCUAUUCGCUCUAAUGGCUAAAGGGAACUUCGCUGUUCAGAGGCACUAUGCCUUUGAAUACCACUUUCUGAGAGGGCAACCGUUGGAGGGAUGACUAUUGACUUCAUGUCUCUAGGAUUUCCCAGAGGCGUUUGGCCAUUAUGGAAAGCAGGACACUGGACUAGAUGGACUCUUAGACUGAUCUAGUAGGACCCUCCUAGAAAUCCAUGAUUUCCUCAGGUACAGGAUGCUGGCGACAAAUAAUCAUCUUGGAGGCUAACACAAAGUAUGUGUGUUAAUUAUAUUUAGGACACAAUCAUUUGUUUUUAAAGCACUUUCAUGGAUGACAGUAGAGCUAUGCUGCAAAGUACUUCACUGCAAAGGCUUAUGACCUGCAGCCUUAGGCUUCAGUGGUGCUAAAUAGACUUAAAUCAACACUUGUGCACACUAUUUAGCAUAUGUGCCAUAGCUGUAACUCUGAUCCAUUGCCAACUGUCAAGACAUUAGGAAGCCAGAUCAGGAAGUUGUCCCUUUAUUCUGACAAGCUGACAGCAGAAAUUUGAGAAUUAAAUGGCAAGGGAUCCUUUUGUCCACAGGGUAGGUUUCUUCUUGAUCUGCACCACUUAAUGACCAGCUUAAACCCCAUAUGCAUAAAAGCUUUACUUAAAAUGUAUUUAACUCAUCUGAUAUAACUUUGGAUGGUUCCAUCUAUGAAUGUUGAGUACAUUUUAAAUCUUGUUAAGUUCAUGGCCUUAGGAUGGUGAGAGAUUUUCGGAGAUAAUCAUUUACUGUGUUUUUAAAAAUUCCUUUUUUCCAGUUUUAAACUGUGUUGCUUUAACGUUUAUUAGGUAUCUUUUUUACUAUAUAAAUAUAUGUAUCUUUUUCUGGGGAUAAAUAGGUGUCCCCGGCAGAUUCUUAUUUGGAUUGUUCCCCCCCUCACCCAUCUUUUGAUAUUUAUUUCUCUAAGUCAAACAAUUCCAGUAACAAUUGCAGUUGAGAAUAUUUAUGUCCAAAUUGGGGAGGGUGGAGUUGAUACAAUCCAUCAAAACAUGCUUGUGUUCAAGCCAUUUUGAAAUUUUAUUUUAAUGGUGUUUAUGCAAGAUAGGCUUCCUGAUUAACUGUAGUCAACACUUUUUGUUUAUAAAACCAUGAGGUUGGGAGAUCAAACUCUACACAUUAUUUUGGGUUGAAAAGGUUGCAAUAAGUUUUGUAUAAUGGACUUAGGGCUUAAACAAAUUCAUGGAGGACUGGUCUAUCAAUAGCUACUAGUCCAGUGGCUAUAGGCCACCUCCAGCCACAGAGGCAAGUUACCUCUAAAUACCAGUUGUAGAGGGGCAACAGCAAGAGAGAGGGCAAGCCCUCAACCCCUGCUUGUGGGCUCCUCGGAAGCAUCUGGUGGGCCACUGUGUGAAACAGGAUGCUGGACUAGAUAGGCCUUGGGCCUGAUCUAGCAGAGCGGUUCUUAAGACUUAUAUUCUCCAUCUUGCUUUGUAUUUCAAUACAACAAAUCUGUUUGACUUUAUUGUUAAAAAUGUGUUGAUUAAGCUCUUGAUAGUGAGAUGUGAAUCUUUUUAUUGAAUGAUGGGUAACUUAAUUUAUCACACCUCAAAUGCAAAAUAAAUAGCUCAGAUUAUUGGGUACCAGCUUGACUAUGUCAACAUUGAAUUCAGUCAUUGAGUUACACAUCCAGCAAACUUAAAUUUCUCUGGAGUUUCUCACUUUUGCCUGUAUCAGUCUCAGUGUAUCCUCUGAUGGGUUUAAAGGUGGACUGUAGUUUCCUUUACAAAAAUGGAACAUAAUAGAGCCUUCAGACAGGGCGGUUUUAUAAAUGUAAUAAAUAAAUAAAUACAAAAUACAGCAACACAAUACAAAAAUGUUGUAUUGUGUUGCUGUUGUAUUUGUAGGUAUUGUAUGGUCAUUUCACAGGUAUAGCUAUCAAGGUGGCAGUCCUCUCUCUCAUACAGCUGCACCAGUACAGUUUCAUAUGACAAAUUGCACUGUAUUACUUACUUUUGGUGCAAGAUGUGUAUUCAAACAGGUCAGCUCCCCAUAAGAAAAUGGAGGUGGUAAGAGCCACAGAGGAGGACUGUACCCCCUUCAACCACUGAACUCUGAAACAGAAUUAUAUGAUUACUUUGCUCAGUCACCCUUGUCCUAAUGACUUUUUUGUUUAGGCGCAUGCUUAUGAUUAAAACAUUGUUGUUGCCUCUGUA